AUGGGGAAGAAGAAGUUCAUAGACAAGAAGAAUUCCGCCACCUUUCAACUCUUCGCGCGGGAUUCCUCUUCCUGCGACCCUGCCGCACCCCCGGCCUCCGGUGAUGCCGAUCGCGUCUUCGUCCGCGUUGACAACAACCCGCACUACUCCGCCCCCGAGUCCUUCGGCGAAGAUGGAGCUGACGAGAACGGCGGCCACCAAAAUGACGUUGUCGAUGACGAGUAUUUGGAUCCUUAUUCUGUCUUCGCCGAUGCUGCAGAUGGCACCGACGAGGAUGAUGGUCCGCCUUUCUCCGGCGGCGGUCCAAUGGCUCGACCUGACGGGGCGCCGCUUCCCGAUCAAGUGAGGAGGGAGAUUUUAGAGCUCGGGCUGCCGGACGAUGGAUACAAUUACCUCGCACAUCUUCGCGAGAUCAGGAAAUCCGGCGGGGGCUCUAACUAUUACGAGAAUAGCAAGGCGAAACUCGACAGUCUGCCGCUUGACGUGAGGGCUUACGACGCUUCACGGCUCCGGAUAAAGCCAGAGGCCGGUGACGUUGGCACGGAUGCCAUAUAUGAUGUUGCCGCGAAGACGGUAGGUGUGAAGAUUGACAAGGCUGUGGAUCCUGACGUAGUCAGGUUACUCGAUGACAGUGACCUGUCGAGGUUUGGAUCGGACGUGGAGGACUUGGAGGAAGAUUUCGUUGCCAGGGCCAACUGUCUAGGAGAAGCGGAAGAAGAUGGUAAUUCUGUUUCUAAUACCACAGAUGGGAACACGAUGCCUCGUCAUGAGCAUGAUGCAUUUGGGGAGGAUGAGUCGUCUGAGGGACAAAGUUUGGAUAAUGAAAAUGAGGAUUGUUCAAGGAAUUCGGGGAGAGAAAGAAAAACGGACUUGGAAGAUAUCGAUAAAAAAAGACGUCGAAGGCCACUGGAUGAGCAGUUUGAUCUGGUAGUGCAUCAGACUUAUCCUUCAUAGAUUAGGGUGACACACUUCCUGUUUACAUGCUCUUUGUCGUUCUCGAAGUCUGAACAUUUCGGUUUUAUGAAAUUCUCUUUGCUAAACGGUUGUCAACUUUUUGGCUUCUAGUCGAUUUAUUUCGUUCGCAUUUUCCAUCUUCUAUUUUCCACCUAAAAGUUGUAGGAAUAAGCAAGUGUUUUCUGUGGGUGAUUUGACCUUUUCUGUUCUGGGCAUUUCGUUUUUUGUGAAAAAAAAUGUUUUGGCAAUUUUAUGACCUAUUCAAUGAGUUUGGGAAUCGCUGGAGUCUUUCCAAGCGAUGUACAUGCUUAAUGUUACCUGAGAUCUUUAGCCUGCAUUAUCCUUAUUUUUUGCUUACUCAAAGCUCUCCACUGGCAUCCAAUGAUCUUUGUUCCAUUUAUUUUUGUUUUGAUUUUUUUCUGAAAAGCUUAUAUGUCAUCUUUGAUUAUAUUAUUAUUAUCAUUUGGCAAUGAGCCCCAUGCAUCUUCUUAUUCUUCUUUCUUCUCCCCUGGAUGUUUAUGAAAAGCUUGCACUUGUCUUCACUGUGUGACACUGUCUGACGAUUAAACUUACUAAAUUUCCGUAGACUUUCUCUCCCAUUGGGAUUGAACUCACCUCUUUUUUCGACUUCUCGGCCUGUAGAAACCUCUCCAUUCCUUUCAUCCUCAGUCUUCUCGAGUAUCAUUCGUUCGGUGAUAAGAAAUUAGUAGUAGGUCGGGGAACCAUGAUCACUUCCCAUGUCUUCCUAUGUCAUUUACUGGGUUUUAUGUAAAACCCAUCACCUUGUCCUAGUGCCAAAUGGAAGCCAGAACAUCGCAUACCUACGUAUUUGGUAAUUGAAGAUUGAUUAUGCACUCUGUAUCUCCCUUGACUUUUGUAAAAAACUGUUCAGUGGUCUAUUGUAACGGGAGUAUGUAGAGCGGUCAUCCAGUUAUAAUCUAAUGCAUGGACCAUGCUGACAGGUAAUCUGGUCGUACUUAUUUUCCUGGAGAUCUUACACAUGGAAUUUCAGCUAAAUCUUUUGCCCUAAUGCCAGUCUUUUGGUUCAUGAAUGUUAGGCAACGUGGAAAAUUGCAUUGCCUUAUGACAAUUGCAUGGGGGAUCUUUUGUUUCUCCAUCGAUAAUCUUUCUAUCAGUCAUUGAUCCGUCAUAUAUGUUAAUGUUUUCUAUGUAAUGAAGGAGUACUCUCUAAACUAUAUGUUGCAACACUCCCACGCUUUCACAAAUGGAUAUAAACCAUUGGGAAAUUGUUUUUUAGGUGGAAUUUUUCAAUGAAAUAACCAAAUGGAAAAGUUACCUCAAUCGUCAUAUACCGAGAACUGUAGACUCUUCGAACAAAUCCCUUGUCAAUCUUCGAAAAAUGGUGUUAAAUUUUUUGUCGAUGUAUUUCCAACAUCAUCAUAAUCAUGAAUUUUAAAUUGCUUAAUUUGCAACUUAUACGGACGAGUUCAGUAACAUGUUUUACUCUUUUUUAUCCAGCUCAUGGUUCAUGAAUAUGGUGAUGACAGUAAUAGUGACGAUGAUUGUUAUGUCGAAAAUAAACCCGAAGAAUUACUUGCCCCUGAGCUUAAACAUGCCCUAAAGGAGUUCCCAAAGGAGGAACUAGAUUUUGAAGAGACAUACAAAGUUCCAGCAGACUUCUUACGCCAGGAUCAAACGACCAUCAGUAGUCAGCUGGUGGAAUCAUCUGCAGAUGUUCUGCUCAAGUGCGUGGAGUAUGCUCAGAUGUACAGUCAGGAAGACGACAAUAAUGAAAAAGUGCUAAUAUUUGAGGAAAGCAGCGACGAAUCUGAGAUUUGGGACUGUGAAACUAUAGUUUCUACAUAUUCGAAUGUUGAUAACCACCCUGGAAGAAUUCAAGUUCCAGGAAAGUCUGAUAGGAAACGUCAAGUUCCUGAUUUGGUUUCUGUGGUCUCAAGCGAAAAGAGUAAAAUUAUUGCUCUUCGGGGUAAGGAAAUGCUUCCAGUAGACUUCUUACCACAAAGUAGAAGAACUCCUGUCGAGAAGGACAAGAAAUCCGCAAUCACAGGACCUGAGCAACUAAAGAGACGGCCAAAUGAAUCAAAGGAGGAAAAGAAAGAGCGCAAGGUAACUACCAUUCUUUGCCUAUCAAUUACUCUGCAUGAGCUUAAUUCUGAGAAAGAACUAAGACCAAAUAUUGCUUCUCUGAUUAUGGUUAUCUGCUUUUCUGUUGUCAUAUGUGGCUUUUGAACAAAAUGCCACAUAUGAUUCAUGAAUCUAGCCAGAUUUGCGUGCGAUUAUAUCCCAUCUGGUAUCUGCAUCAUAGUCUAUAUAGCCUAAGAAGAGGAUGGAUGUGGAGUUUGACUCUGUUGCUUGAGAUUAGUCUCCCUCCGUUUUUCCAGAAAUAAAUGAAGGAAUAAAUAAACGAAAAUAUGAAUACAUUGAUGGGUUUAAUCUGUUUGCACCGUGCAGGCUGCCGUGAAGGAAGCGAGAAGGGAGGCCCGCCAUUCGAAGAAACAGCUGAAAGAAUUGUACAAGUGCGAAUCCCAGCUGGCCCAGAAGCUGGCUGCCGUUUCGGGGCCUUCCUCUAUCCAUCUCAUGUGA